AUGCUAUCACCACCAUCACCGAGAGGUUCCAGGAUUCUAAGAAACAAGCUGCAGCUUUUCAGCAGUUUCUUCCCCGCCACACCCAAGUCCCUUCAGCUGCUGGGCGGGAGAAGCCCAAGCCGAACAGAUCAGGAUCCUGAGGGUGGUCCCCUUCGGAGUCUAGCGGUGUUCACCUCUCUUAACGGUGCCCGUGUGUCUUCGGUGCCCUCAGUGUGGAAAGGUUCAAGAGAAAAAACAGAUGAAGUGAGGAUUGUCCUGCUGGGAAAAACUGGAGUUGGGAAAAGUGCAACUGGAAACACAAUCUUAGGAAGAGACGCGUUUACAGCAAAAACAUCUCAUGAGUCAGUGACUAAAGAGAGUCGGAGAGAAACAUCUGAAAUCAACGGCCGACACGUUACUGUGAUCGACACUCCAGGACUGUUUGAUACUGAACUGAGUAAUGAGGAGAUCCAGAGAGAAAUCAGCCACUGCAUCUCCAUGAUCCUGACUGGACCACAUGUGUUCAUCAUUGUGCUCAAUUUAGGACAACGAUUCACUCUAGAAGAAGCAACAUCAGUGAAGAUCAUCCAAGAGACAUUCGGUAAGAAAUCUUUAAUGUUCACCAUGAUGCUCUUCACCAGAGGAGAUGAUCUGACGGACCAAACUAUUGAACAGUUUCUAGGAAAACCUGGAUCUCCUUUGAUGAAUCUGAUUGAAGUGUGUGGAAACAGAUUCCAUGUGUUCAAUAAUAAUCAGACCGGAGACCGAACACAGGUGUCUGAUCUACUGGAGAAGAUAGACAACAUGGUGACAGCGAAUGGAGGGAGUUUCUACUCAUGUAAGAUAUUCAGAGAGAUGGAGAGAGAAAAACAAGAACAACAGUUGAAGAUCCUGAUGGACAGAGUUAGAGAAAGAGAAGAGGUGAUGAAGAAUCUAGAAGAAGAAAUCAGUCAAGAACGACAGACAUUUAAAAAUGAAAUUGAGCAACUGAGACAAGAAAAAGAGAAAGUAAAAACAGAAAAGGAAAAAUGUCAAAUCAAAUACGACAGAAAUAGAAAGACUGAGGAAGAGAAUAGAUAA